GUCACACAACAGAUUAGUUAUUAAUAUUUUGCCAAAUAUUAAAAUAAAAUAGGCUAAGCUGUUCACUGGCUAUCGCCGUGUGUAGCGCAACAUAUUGUUAAGUGUAUCGUGAAUCAUUUGCGGAAUAAACGAUGGAGCCGCAGAUCUGUCGUCUCUGCUUGCGUGGUUGUGGCUCCCAGAUGUGUCUCCAAAUCUUUGGCGAUGCAGCAGCAGCAGUGGAUAACAAUGUGCCCAACGUAGCCGAAGUUCUGCGCCAACACUUUUGGUUUGAGGUGAUGCCAAACGAUCCGAUGUCAAAAGUGGUGUGCAAUGUGUGCUGGACUCAGGUUUCGGAGUUUCAUCAGUUCUACGUAUCAAUACAAGAGGCUCAGCUUAUUUACGCCAACGCACCAAAAUUCAAGCAAGAUCCCGAUCCAGAUCUGAUGACUGCAUCGUGGCCGGAGGAAAUCAUGUUACCAGCUAAUGAACUGGCUGCGGAUGGAAACAGCGAGUGCCGCGGUACCCAACUAAAUGUAAAUCCUCUGGAUGAACUGGACCUUGAGAUGGCAAAUUAUGAGGAGGCAGAUGCGGAUGUCAAUGAUCAAAAGGAAAUCAAAUUGGAAAGAUUAUCGCCGAGUGAAUUCAUCAAUGCUGUCGAUGAUGUAGAUCUUAUUGUAACCCGCAGUGGACUGAAACGUAAACGAGAAACGGAAACCAUGGACAAACUAAAGACGACCAAAGUUAAGAAAUCUACCCAGCCCAAGAGCCUAGAGAAGCGUAGGCCCAUUGCCAAAAGGACAUUCAAGAAACAGCAGUGGCCUCCAUUCUGCAAGGAGGAUGAGGAGCUGAUCAAACGCUAUGUUGUCAUGGGCUGUGAGCUCUGCAUUUUCCUGGCCGACGAUUUUGAUGGCAUUCGUGACCAUUUCAAGGAUAAACAUCCCGACGAGCGGCCCUACAUCAAAUGUUGCGGACGAAAACUGAAUAAGCGCUGCUUAAUUGUUGAGCAUGCUCGACGUCACGAAAAUCCCGAAUACAUUAAGUGCAAGGAUUGUGGCAAAGUGUUUGCGAAUUCAAGUGUAUUGCGAGCACAUUGGCUGGUGCAUCACGUGCCCGAUGACGAGUGCGACUUUCAGUGCGAUGAGUGUGGUAAACGUUUUUCGCGGCGCAAUCAUCUGGAACUGCACAAAGGAUCCCAUGUUCCAGCCAAUGAACGCAAAUUCAUCUGUCCACAGUGUCCCAAACACAAUGCUUUUGCUACCGAAUACCACAUGCAGGUGCACAUUAGCAUGCAGCAUCGCAAGGCAUCAAAUAUCUGCCAUGUGUGUGGCAAGGAGAUCAAGGACAAAGCCGUCUUUGAGAAGCACGUUCGACUGCAUUUUGAAGAGAGUGGGCCACGUAUUAAGUGUCCGCGUCCGGAUUGUGAGAGCUGGCUCAAGGAUGAGGACAACUUGAAGCAGCAUUUGAGACGACACAACGAUGAAGGCAAAUCGUUUAUCUGUUCAGAGUGCGGAAAGAGUUGUAAGAAUUCGCGAGCACUUAUCGGUCACAAGCGCUAUUCACAUUCGAAUACAAUUUACACCUGCGAACAGUGUGGCAAGACCUUUAAGAAGGACAUUAGCCUUAAGGAGCAUAUGGCCCAGCAUACUGGAGAGCCUCUGUACAAAUGCCCCUUCUGUCCGCGAACAUUCAACUCGAACGCUAAUAUGCAUUCCCAUAAGAAGCGAAUGCAUCCAAACGAAUGGGAUCAUUGGCGCAAAACCAAAACGGGCAGCUCACAAAAGGUGCUACCCAGUGCCCAGGUGUCGCAAAUGUUCAGGGAAGAUCCUGAUACGACGGCCGCCAUUCCAAAUAUUUCAACCAUGUUUUAAAAACGCAUUAGUUACCUCUGCCUUUUGUUUGUAUAUCAUUAUUUUUUUUUAGUUUAGUUGUAUAAAUAUAGCUUCCGGUUGUUAA